AUGUACCGUUCCACUUCCACCUCCUCCUCGUCGGCUGCCACCGCCCGACCUCCCUCCCGCACCUCGCCAUCGUUCGCCUCGGGCUCGCCGUCGCCGUCCCGCCCAUCCUCGGCCGCUUCUGCCCGUCGUCCACCCUCAACCCGCGGUCCGCCGGCGUCGUACACGCGCGACCACCUCUUCGACGACGACGACGACGACCUCGCCGGUCCUACGCCGCAACCUUCGUCGUCGCGGUACUUUGCCACGGUCGCGCACGACGACGGCCACCUCGCCUCGCGACGCUCGCCGCCCUCGCGCCCGCCCCGACCCGUCGCCGCCGACUUGCCGCCCCACCCGGGCCACGACAUCUUCCUUCGCCGCCCUCCCUCCAUGUCGUCCUCGGCCUCGUCGUCGUCCCGUCGCGCGCGCCCUCCGCCCAUCGUCACGGCGUCGGCGCCCGACCGCGCUUUCCUCCGACCUCGUCACCCGUCCCGUCACGACGACCCGUCCUCGUCCUCGUCUUCUUCCUCCGACGACGACCGCCAACGUCCCCUCUCGGCCCUCAUGCCUCGAUCCGCCCUCGCCAACUACUUCAACCUCGACUUCUCGUUCCUAGACGACGAGCCGCCUCCUCGAAAGUCGGCGUACGGGCGGCACGCGCAGGAGGACGCUCGGCGGGUCGAGCGCAGCGCCCGAGGGCCUCGUGCGUCCGACGACUACUUCAACUCGAAGCGGCUCAGCGAGUCGCUGCCAGCCUCGAAGCGCCUCUCGACCAGCUCCUCCACGACAAGCGGCCUCCCCUUUCCCAGCGCCAGCCUACCCUUUCCCUCUCGACGGCCGACCCUCCCGCAACGCCCGUCGACCGACUCGGUCUCGACCCGCCGCAGCAGCCUCCUCUCUCCAAGCCUCUCGCCCAACUACUCGCCGAGCCACCUUCCCUCGGUCGACGGGCGCCGUCCUUCGGCCGUCUCGUACACGUCCGUCGAGUCGGGCGGCAGCAAUGCCUGCGCCACGGCGUAUGCGUCGCGCCGCUCGCCCCUGUCGCCGACCUUCCCGGCCAUCGCCGAGGCGGGACCCGACGCGGCCGAGAAGCGCAAGCGCCUCGCAGCGUUCCUCGACGAGGCGGCGUCGGCGAUGGAGGGCGGCAAGUCGCUCAUGAUGGUCGUCCCUGAGCACAAGUCGCUCUCGGACCUCGCCGAGCAGCACGUCAGCCCGCAGACGUCCUCGCGCGCCCAGGGCUUCAGCCACCCGUUCAGCGACCACGGUGGCUCCCCGUCUCGCCACGUCUCGCCCAACCGUCAGCCGUCGAGCCCUGUCGUCGACCCGCAGGCCGUCAGCCCGACGAGCGGGCCACCCGCCGUACUCGUCGAGCCGCCCUCGUUCGCCGAUCGGAUCCGCGAGCACGAGGCGACCCACGAGUCGCUCCUGAGCGCGGGCGAGCGCGAGCCCGGCGUCGAGACGACCGUCCUGGGCGAGUCCGCCCGUGACUCGUCGCACUUGCUCGACCUCAGCUCGCCCGGCCUCGGCCUGUCGAGCAUGGGCGUUCAGGCGCCGUCGCACGUGCAGCACGUGCAGCGCUCGCCGUCGACGGUGCGCGCGUCGUCGCCUGCAUCGCCCGCUGUCGGCUCGCCGCCGCAGCCGGCGAGCCCGUCCGCCUCGUUCGAGACCGACCAGCGCGUCAAGCGCCUCGAGAAGCGCCGCAAGAUCAUCCGCGAGCUCGUCGAGACCGAGGCGUCGUACGCCGUCGACAUGGCGGUCGUGCGCGACAUCUACCUCGCGCGGGCUCGAGGUGCCCACAUGGCGCAGAUCGCCGACCACGUCAUGAGCACCGGCCUGGGUCUCGGCAACGGCAGCCCGGCGAGUCCUCCCUCGCCGACGCUCGCAGCCCGCCGUUCGCCCCUUCGACCCGACUUUGUCCGCCGCAUCUCGGACCGCGCCGAGAUCGAGUCGAGCCGCAGGACCUCGUCUGGGUCGCUCGGCGCGGGCAAGGGCGACCAGCGACGCCCACCUGUCGUGCCCUCGCUCCCGACGCUCAUGCCCGGCCAGCCGCUCAUGAGCGAGCAGGACCUUCACGUCGUGUUCGCCAACCUCGAGGAGAUCGCCGGGUUCGCCGACGACUUCGCCAACGCGCUCGAUGCGGCGGCCGGCACCGACGACCCGGAGGCGGACGACGACCGGAUCGGCGAGAUCUUUGUCGACAAGAUCCCUCGCAUCCAGCAGAUCUACUCGACCUACUGCGUCCGCCACCACCGCGCCAUCCUGCGCCUGCAAGAGCUCGAGCCGACGCUGCGCACGUACCUGUCCGAGGCCAAGACGCUCUCGCACGGCCGCACCAACGCCUGGGACCUCGCGUCGCUCCUCAUCAAGCCCGUCCAGCGGUGCCUCAAGUACCCGCUCCUGCUCGACCAGAUCCUCGCCGUCACGCCCGAGACGCACCCGGACCGAGUCGCCCUCCAGCGCGCCAACGCCGACAUGCUCCUCGUCGCCGAGCACAUCAACGAGGUCAAGAAGAAGCAGGACGCCGUCAACCGGGUCGUCGGCAAGGACAAGCCGAACCAGCGCCGCGAGUCGUCGCGGUCCAUCUCGUCGUCGGUCACCAAGAAGCUCCUUCGCUCGUCGCAGAAGGCCAAGACGGCGUUCGGCUUCCCGGACAACGGCGGCGACGAGAUGUUCGACACCCUCGUCGCCCUCGUCGACAGUACCCGGAGCGGCGUCCUGCGGUUCUCGAACGAGAUGCGCGACUGGACCAAGAGCACCAAGGCGGCGCUCGAGGCGCAGGUCAACAUGGUCGAGGGCUGGAUCCAGAUGUACGCGCCCAUGGCCGGCGAGCGCCACUCGGCGGCGAGCGUCAGCCACCGCCGCCUGUGCAUCUUCCUCGACGAGGUCCUGAUCCCGAUCAUCGAGUUGCCCUGGCGCGAGCUCGACUACGAGGUCCGCCGGUCGCUCAUCCUCAAGACCGACCACCUCCUGAGCCUGUUCGAGUCGCCUCGCCAGGUCAUCGCCAAGCGCAACGACAAGAUGCUCGACCACGCGCGCUACCUCGCCAAGAAGCUGCCCGUCGACCGCCGCGGCUCGGAAGAGUUCCUCCUCCUGUCGUCGCAGCUCCUCGAGGAGUUGCCCCGCUUCCUCGGCAGCGUGUCACGCUACUUCAACAUCAUCGUCGGCCACUUUGCGGGCGCCCAGGCGGCGUACCACGAGGCGGUCCAGGAGCGGUGGAACGCGUUUGCCGAGCAGUGGGUCGUCCAGGUCCACGGCGACACGUACGAGGACAUCGAGGCGUCCUUCAUGGAGCAGCACGAGCCGCUCGACCAGAUGAUGGAGACGCUCGCUGCAGGACUCGGCCUCGCCAUCGCCCAUUCGAGCUCGAGCUCGCCGCACACCCGUCAGCCCCCGUCGAGGCACUCGCACCGCUCGUCGACCUCGAGCCGCCCGUCGUCGGCCGGCUACUCGUCGUCGCUUCCCGUCACGCCCGACGAGCCGCGCAACGGGCAGCGCGAGUCAUACGUGUCGGGCACGUCGAGCUACUCGUCCGGCCUUCGUCACCGGGCCAGCCUCGGCUCGGGCCACCGCAGCAGCGUCACGUCCGACUCGUCGGCGCCGUCGCUCCGGCCGGCGAGCGCCGGCGGGUCGGGCUCGUCGAAGGAGGUCCUCACGCCGCCGCCGCUGCAGCCGAUCCGGUCCAACUCGACCAAGCGCUCGAGCUCUAGCCCGUCGAGCCCGCACAACAUCGUACACGAGCCGCUCGGCGGUCACGACCGCCGCACGAUGGCCAAGCGGUACGACCACCCGUUGCCCUCGCCGCCGCCGCCUCCUGCCCGCAAGGUGUCGUCGGCGUCGACGAUCGGUCGUGAGGAGUCCGCACCUCGCCUGCGCUCCGAGACGUCGGCCCGCUCGGCCAAGGAGCUGCGCGACAAGUACUUGUCGACGUACAGCGUCUACCUCCCGUCCGGCGAGGCGUACGGCGGCGACGGCGACGACGAGUCGUUCGGCCACGGCGACGCGCCGCUCUACAUCGCCGAGGCGGUCAACGCGAGCCGGUCGACGGCGUUCCGCUCCGGGUACCCGAUCCUCAGCUUCGACGCGGGCGAGCGGUUCUACGUCGAGCUCGAGGAGGCCGACCGGGUCGAGGGCGGCAGCGGGUGGCUCCUCGGGCGCAAGCUCGAGGGCGAGAACAGCCUCGGGUGGGCGAGGACCGAGGACUUUGUCAUGGUCGAGGAGGAGGUCGACGACGAGGUCUCGUCGUGAGGGCCCGGGCGUCUCUGUCUCUCGCAUCCAGCAGUUCUUUCGUACAUGUCUGUUGUAUUGCACGGUCCUGCUCUGCAGCU